UGAGCUGAGAUGUUGCAUGCGGUGGGGGCACAUGAGUAAUAUGAGAAUGACAUCAUCUUGUGAGAGUGGAUCCUCCCAGGGGAGCAGAGAAGAGCAGGAGGAGGGAAUGAGAGAGAGAAGCAAUCACUCUGAAAGCUCUGGAUGGAUCCCAGCACACGGCAUGCUGGCUGACUCCAAGUAUGGUCGCUUUCGCAAUGAGUCUGUAACUUCAGCAGAGGAACAGACAACUCUGCCAGCUGGAGCUAUGAGUGGACAAGUGGCCCCUGGUACACCAAGCACAUCACCAUCACUGGGUCAACCUUUCGCUGAACCGCAAUGUCCAGAAGAGCAGGAUGUAGCUACCACCUUCUGCAUGAUGAUACCUAGGAUGGGACAAUGGAAAUUCUCAAGUCCUGCAGCUUUCUUGAGCCGAUCUCCUUCUGGCGCCAGCAAGGAUCUAUCAAUAGAAAAGUCAGGCGCUUCUGGGGGACUAGGGUCUAUGUUUGGAGCCUGUGAUCCCGUUUGUUCGACACCUUGUACUCUGCAGGUUAUAAACCGGUUGCGGGGAGGAGCAGGAGGAGGAAGUAGAAAGGCUUCCCGGACAGAGACAUAUAAAUUGCCAGGGGAGGAAUGGACUCGUAAAGGGACUUUUAUCAGCAAACCAGCACAGGGUUGGCUUCACCCUGAUGAUCGAUUGCAGGGACCCGGUGUAUCUUAUAUCGUGAGGUACAUGGGCUGCAUUGAAGUUCUUCGUUCCAUGAGGUCUCUGGAUUUUAAUACAAGGACUCAAGUGACAAGAGAAGCCAUUAACAGACUAUAUGAGGCUGUCCCUGGUGUGAGAGGGACCUGGAAGAAAAAGGCCCCCAAUAAAUCCUUAGCAUCAAUCUUGGGCCGGAGUAAUCUUCGUUUUGCCGGAAUAAGCAUUGCUGUAAACAUAUCCGUUGAGGGACUGAACCUCAGUAUACCCACCACUCGACAGGUUAUUGCCAACCAUCACAUGCAAGCAAUCUCCUUUGCAUCAGGAGGGGAUUUGGACACAACAGACUAUGUGGCAUAUGUGGCCAAGGAUCCUAUUAACCAGAGAGCCUGUCACAUUCUGGAAUGCUGUGAUGGGUUGGCUCAAAGUGUGAUCAGCACUGUAGGACAAGCCUUUGAGUUGAGGUUCAAACAGUUCCUGCACAGUCCCCCCAAAGUGGCAGCACCCCCAGACAGGGUAGUGGUUGGAAGUGAAGAUCUGGCAUGGGUAGCUGAGGAAGAUCAGAAUUCUGAACACAACUAUUACAAUAGUAUACCUGGCAAGGAACCACCACCUGGAGGAGUACAAGACUGCAGAGUUAGGGAUUUGGGAGCAACAAACCAGCCCAACACACAGAUAACAAGUAAUGGGUGGACACAGGUUGGAACUCCAGCCAGACGAGCACCAGUUGCACACUCAGGAUCACAGUGGGAAUUGGAAGACCAUGGGGCAACUAAUGACCUAUUCCAUGCAAGCAGUGGUCGUGCUAUAGGACUCCGAGACUAUGAGGAACACAUGUAUGUCAACACACAGACCCUUGAUGAGCUAAAUGCAGAAAAAGAGCCCUAUAUGAUCCCAGAGGAUAGUCCAAAGAAGGAUAUUUUUGAUAUGAGACCAUUUGAAGAUGCUUUAAAACUUCAUGAAUCUGGUCUAGCAGGGUCCCAAAAAUUGGAAGACCAGUGGCCAAGCCCACCAACUAGAAGAGCGCCAGUUGCCCCCACAGAAGAACAACUCAAAAGAGAACCAUGGUACCAGGGUAAAAUGAGCAGGAGGGAAGCAGAGAAACUUUUGCAGAGAGAUGGUGACUUCUUGGUGAGAGACAGUAUCACCAAUCCAGGCCAGUAUGUCCUGACUGGUAUGCACAGAGGACAACCCAAACAUCUCCUAUUGGUAGACCCAGAAGGAGUGGUCAGAACCAAAGAUGUGUUGUUUGAGAGCAUAAGUCAUCUGAUCUCCUACCAUCUACAUAACCAACAGCCAAUUGUGGCAGCAGAGAGCGAACUACACCUGCGGCAAGUGAUCGCACGAAAAGUAACAUCUUAGGCUCACCCCUUGCUUGGAGAUGAAAAUUUAUCAGGAUGGGAGCACAGAGGAGCUACCCCUGAAACAGGUCGCAAAGGUGUAAACCACCACAAGGAACAUCAAUAAGUGACACACUGAGUUCUCUUCCACCAGAGACAACAUCUUGCAUUUACGUAUAGCUCUACUAUUGUGCUUUCUACCACCAGAGGGAAUAGCUGAGCUCGAAGAAGAGAAUCACUCAUAACUCUAACUAUUAUACUAACACAAAGUUAUGUUAACAGAAGACAUAUCCAGCAUCAGGGGCAAAUGCAGGUGGGACACUGUGUAAGCCUGCUGAGGAGCAGUAAUGCUAACAAUAUAUACAGAUAUGCAUUAUACAACCCGAACAACAAGUCAGUGUAUUUCAACCAGUCUGUUUAACCUAACUGAUAUAUUCAGGAGACAGUAAUGCCUGAUGCUAUGCAGCAGUAAAUCUGAGUCUACAACAUAUAUCAUGCUGGGAAUAUUGCCCCACUUUCUAUGAUGACUGUGAUGCAUGAGCAUACAGAAAACCAGAGGAUAGCUUGUGGGUAUUUAGAUGUUAGUACAUAAUAUGCUUCACCUGACACCCUCUAGGCUGGGCUGCUCUAUACUGAAUGCAUAGAACACAAGAGAUAAUCCAAUUAUCUAUAUCCUGGAGCCAUGUAGCCAGGUAGCAAGGAGAUGGAUGUUGUUUUAUACAGGUAAGGCCAGAAAAUGGGAUUUCACAGGUAUUAAACUGCUAAAGCUACUGUCUUACAAAAUGUUAGUUAAUAAUGACCAAAUUUGCUUCACCAACUGCAUUCCAUUAGCUAGGUAAAUGCCAGUACCAUAUGAGCUUGUCCAUGUAUUGGUGACUAUCGUAACAUGUAACAUGAGUGAUACAAGGCAACUGGAGCAGGAGGUGCAGAGACUGCAAGAUUUACAGAGGACUAUAGUCCUAUGGAAUGAACUUAAUAUUCUGCAAAUGAUAAAGGAUAUCCUCCUGAAAGCUUUCACUGGGGAAUCUGACAAUCAGCACCUAUAGGAGUAGAGUUGGGUGACAUGGUGCACUGGCUUGUAUCGGCCCAUUCACUAUGGCUAGGAAUCGUACAGUGAUUGAUCUGGAAUUUUCAGACAAAUACAGUGGGGCACUGGGCAUUUCAGGGAAGGUGCCUAACUUAGCCUCAACCCGUUGGUUUUAAUAAAAAAAAAAAAAUAAUUAGCAUUUGUACUAAAUUCUUUUAGGGCAUGUGCAUAUUGCAUACGGUCUGCACUGGCAAUGCACUGAAAGAAAUCUGCCUGUGUUUAUAUACUGUUUAGGCUACACUUACACAUUAGGGACACUUUUAUAGAAUGCCAAUCUAUCAGUAUGGUUUUCGAAUGUGAGAAGAAACUGAACACAAAAAUGGGAAACCCACCCAGACAAGCAUACAAAUUACAUGUUGCCCCUAGUUAUAAUUGUACCUACUGUGACGCACAUAGAUAUGAGGUUUCAUACAAAAAACACAGAUUGCAGGCAACACAUGGUUCCACAAUGGCUAAACAAAAAAAAAGUCAUUAACUGAUGUAAAAAUUUGGGGAACGUCACUCAUAUUGAGAAGUACAGACAUGUGGUAAGUUCUGGAAUAGAACAGCAAGCCUGGGCUUCAUCUUUGAAUGUCACAUUAAAAUGGUAAAGUGGAGUAAUAAGAAAAUAAGAUAGGAAGAACUGUGAGGCAAGAAAGAAAUUCAGCUAACAGAGAGCAAGAAGGGAGAAAGGAAGCAUCAACAUGAAGACACGAACGACGGGCAGACUUGGAAAUUUAUAGUACAAAAUUGCAUGAAAAGAAUGAAAGAAUCAUAGACGACAAAAUGGUGAAUACUGACAAAACAUUGUAAUGGGUGUCUAAAUGUUGUAAGAAUGUCUAGACAAGAAAACUGGAAGUUUAGAUAUGAUUAGAUAUGAGGCACUCCCUAGUGUAUUACAACGUUGCAUAACAGAAAAUAAGGAGAGAAAAUCUGCUCACCUUAGGUGUUGGGCUCAGGGCACAACACCUUAUUCACAUGUCGAGGUAACUGCGGCUGCUCUCUAUACCUGGACAGAUGACCUGUAGAGGGAUCGGUAUCGCAAAGUAGAGAAAGUUCUGGUGGAGUCUGGAGAAAAUGCAUCCCAGAAAAUCAGUUUUUUUCCAGACUCCUGCAGAACCUUUUCUACUAGUUAGUAGAACUGUUACCACAGCUUGGCUACAUACAACGGAGGG